AAUUUGGUUCACAUUUUUCAUUUAAAUUGAUUAUCAACUUCAUCACUUUAAUUAUAUAAAUUUUCAAUUUUUUAUUCUAUUUAACAAUGCGAACUACACAGCCAUUAUUAUGGAAUAAAUGGAUGAAAAAUGGCCGAAAACCGGCAAGACCACCUUAUCGUUUUACUGAAUGUAAAAAAUUAGAAUUAAAAGAUUAUGUUAGUGGCGGCGAUCGCCAUUCAUCUGAAUUGGCAUGCAAUUCUCAAAUGAUGGACAUGAUGAAUUGUUUAAAACAAUUUGAUUUUGAUGAACAAAAAUGUUCUCAACAGAUCAAGGCAUUUCGUUCAUGUUAUAAUACAUUUCUAGAGAACCAAAUGAAAGCAAAAGUUGGCUCCAAUAAAAAUGAACCGAUUCCUCAUCAACAAAAAUUGACUCGUGUUCAAGUAAAUACAAUGUUAAAACGUUAUCCUCAACCUCGAUAAUUAUAUUCUUAUAUACAUUGUCUAGAAUAGAAAUAAUUUGUAUAGUUGUUUUAUAAUAUUUUGUGAAUAAAUAAAAAAAAAUAACAUUGUUAAGAAAUAAAAUUUGUCGAAAAUUUCAAUGGAUUUUUUCUCAUAA